GAAUUUAUUGGUUAGCCAAAAACAGUUUUUGUCCUCUUUUUUUUUUGCAUAUAAGUAAAGAUGUGAUUGCUGCUUUAAUUUUCUUCGUUUUGCAGAUAAUUACUGAAUUUCUUACUGCAUGUUUUCUGGUUUCGUCCUGCAUUAUUUUAUUCCAAAAAUGUCAGGAAUUGUUACCUAGAGGCUUUCAUUUAUAGCUUGUGGUUUUGCAUGUCUUUGUCAUGUAAUAACAAAAGCUCAGCUCAAGUCAUCUGUUAUUCUUAAGAGUUAUCCAAGCACUUAGGCAUUUCUUUAAUCUUUUUCUUGUUUUUUGCUGCCAGCAUACAUAAAAUUAAAAAUUAUUUUUUUCAGGUGUCUGUAUUCCCUUAAAGCAGAAUAUAGCUGUUCUGCUGCAGCUGACCAGGUGCAAAAUCUUCAUCCUAUUGUGGAAGCAGUGACCUGUACUCUCAUGCCUCAUAUCAGUUCCUGUUCUGACUGUGGCUCUUGCAACAAUACAUACUUAAAUGAUGGCGUUCCCCGUGGAUAUGUUGAGCGGCUACAGUCAUGAGGACUUGGAGAGCUCUGCAGAGGACUACUUGUCUGACCUUCGGUGUGGGGAUCCAAAUCAUCCGGAAUACUUGUCCCUGCCAGAUCACAGCAAAAUUCCUAUUAGCUUGUCAACUGUGGGCUUCGUUCCUCUUUAUGGUGGAGAGCAGACACACAAAGUUCUUGCUUUGUUUGCACCAGAGGACUCGCUCACAGCUGUAGCUCUGUAUCUUGCUGACCGGUGGUGGUCAAUUGAUGACAUCUUGAGAACAUCUGUCCCUUCUAGAGAGGGGCUUCAGCAGGUGAAAUCUGUGGGGGAGAGAGUGGUUCUGUAUGUUCUUAAUCGAAUUAUCUAUCGCAAGAAAGAAAUAGAGAGAAAUGAGGUCCCAUUUCUUUGUCACAGCAGCAAUGACUAUGCUAAGAUCCUGUGGAGAAAAGGAGAAGCUAUUGGGUUCUAUUCUGUUAAACCUAAAGGAAGUGUUUGUAGCUCUUAUAUUAGUAAGUGUUACCAGCUUCCAGUGCUAGACACAAUGUUUGUAAGAAAGAAGCAUCGUGGGAAGGACUCAGGACUAAUGAUGUUGGAAGACUUUGUGGAUUCCUUUACUGAAGACACUCUUGGCCUACGGUACCCGCUGUCAACCUUCAUGUGCAUAGCUUGUAAGCAGUAUUUUGAAAAGUACCCUGGGGAUCAUGACCUGUUGUGUGAAGCAGAAGGAGUUGGAUUUUGGUUCCAGAGAACGUCCAUUGCCACUGUAUUGCAAAGGGAAGAGCUCAAAAUUGAAGAAGCCUCUGAGAAAGAAAAAAUGAGUUUCCAGACAGAGGAUCAUUUUUGGCAAUCUGCAGCAGAAUCUGAAGCAAGUGAACAGAAGACUGAGCUAGAACCACAGCUAACUAUUGACUCUCAAAAAGGCAGAGAAUCAUUAGAUGUCCUUGCAAGCACAUCUGAAGACCCUGAUGUUGCACUCACUUCUAUUCGGACACGAAGCAGUCAUUUAAAACGUCCCAGGAUAGGAAAAAAUAGCCAGGAUUCUGGACCUGAAACUUCCCAAGGAGAUGAGGGAAAUGUUCAUCAUGUGCCAGACCGCAGGCUAGAAGUUCGUGCCAACCUAUUUGAACGCUUUGAAGUCCUUGUAGAAGAACCUGAAGAGAAUGCUGACGAAAGCGAUGAGGAAAUGAUCACUGAAAAUGAGGACCAGUCUGUAUCAGAAACUGAGUUACAUAUAUCGCCAUCUGAGAAAGUGAGUGAGAAGGAGGAAGCUCCAUCUGAAUCUCUUAAUGGUGAGGUAGCAGAAGAAACUGGGAAGACCUCACUUACGGCUGAAGAGGAAACAGCAAAUGAAGCUCUAGGCGGCGAAUCGAAAUUGCAGAGUCAAGGAGAAGAACCUGUAACACUGCUUGUUCCAUUAAUCCUUGAAUCUCCAGCAAAACCUGCAGAAGAUACUGUAUCAGAUAAGGCUGUAAAUGCAAAUGAUUCAGAAGCACUAACUGAAGAAAGUACAUCAGUAGAGAAGAAGGGUUCAGAGGAAGACCAACAAGAAUCUGAAAAGAAAAAAUCAUCCACUGAAAAUGCAGUUGCUUCAGCACCAAAGGAAGAACCCUCAGACAAUGGCCUACCAAACAAUGUGAUAACUGAAGCAGCAGAAGAAUCAGUUUCUGAAAAUGUGUCACCCAAAACAGCUUCCUCAGUGGAAGAUCAAAAUGAGGAAGCAGGGCACAACUCACAGGAGGCCCCUGAUGCCUUGGGUCAGAGCUCUUUGAUAGUGGUGGAACUGGAGGGUGUUUCUUUUCAGCAGCCUUCUGGACAAGAAGGACAGAAGAACCAGUUGGAAGAGCACUUGGAAGAGUCUGCUGAUCAGUACACACAGACAGCAGCAGAGCGGGCUGCUGACAGUAGCUCUGAGGAAGCAGAAAUUGAGGUACCCAUUGUGGAUCGGAGAAAUUUGCGAAGAAAGGCCAAAGGUUACAAAGGUCCUCCCAAGAAAAAAGGAAAGCCAGCUUAAAAAAUGAAGUAUUGGUUGUUAAUUCAUAUAUUUGUAAGAAAGUUGUCAUUUUGCAUAAAACAGUAGGGUGUAACUAAACCAUCUGGGACACAGGACACACGUGUUUAAAAUGCUGGGUUGGAUGUCAUUUGGGGAUUCAUCACCUUUGCUCAAAUUCUCUUGAAUUUUUAACCAGUAGGCAUUGAGCUUCAUCAGAGUAUGAAAGUAAACACCCAGUCUCCUCCUUUUAUAAAGGAUACAUGCAGGAAAAAUACAGUUGUGCUAGUAAAGGAACAGUUUGCGUAUUUUAGGUGCCAGUCUUGGAAGAAAAAACAAAGUGUGAAAUCCUGGCUCUGUUAAGGUCACUAAAAUUUCCAUAAACUUCCACAAGGCCAGACAUCACUAGCAUUUUUUUCCUAAAUCUUGCAUUCUCUACUGUGGAGAAGAGCAGAACAAGAAACAUCUUUACUCUCUUCUUGUUCCCUUCCCAUAGGUUUCUCAGAUGAGGUUAAAAGGAUGUAAGAUUCUGUAAUUCUAGAUCUCAAUAUACUAGAAGGUACAUGUCAUUAGAUCAAAACAUGAGCAGCAUCUGUCUUUCACUAGAGUUAGACAGGAGGGAAUGGCUCUACUUCUGAUUCCCAACUAUUUGCUAAUCACUGGAGACAGCUGAGUCACCCAUAACACCACCAAUACAGCAUCUACCAUAGCACACAAAGAUAAUUAAGUUUUUAAUGUGAAGAUUUAGAGAUGCCUAUACAGUAAAUUGUAUUUGUAGCUUCCAAAGUGAGUGUCUUGCUAAGUGUAAGUUUCUCCAGAAUGUAUGGAGUGUAGACUCCAGUACACUUAUGGAAUUGUUUGACAGCCUUUCUACCUACUUGCAUGUAUUGAAUGGCUACUUGAUUACUUUGUUACAUUACAGGACAAGGAUAUGACAGCUUUUGAUCUAGUAUCAGUCUGAAUGGAAGUGAUGGUUGUAUUUUCCAAAUACUCAGCUGAUGCUGUGGAGUAGCUGUUGAAAUGUUGUCUCUGCCAGGUGUGUGACUCCUGUGAGCUCUGGCAUUUCAGGUGGUUGUGACAUUCAUUAGUGUGAAUAUUAGUGGAUGUUUCAGCAAUUUUUUAAUUUUUUUUUGCCAAACACUAUGCCUUUAGGAGUUUUGAGGGGAUAGCUGAAAAUACUUAUGACUCCCACUUUCUUUUUAUAACUUGGGUAUAAUUCCUGGGGUAAUAUCUUCCCAGUUUAUAGCUUUUAUUAAAAGCAGGAAUUAAACUUUGCUAUAUGCAAACAGAAAUGUAAACAGGCUAUUCAUGCAUGUUUCCCUUCAGAGGUCAAGUAAUUUGCUAUGUGCUUCUUUCAAUAAAUGAAGCUCGUCUUGUAAUGGGUUAAAAACUCAGGAGUAAGAAAGAACAGUGGUUCUGAUAACAGGAAAUCACACAGCUGUUUGCCCUGCUGUAUACCUUUUCCAGGAUUAGUGAACUAGUCUCCCACAGUGUCUUGAGAGUAGAGGGUUUCUGGAAAUUGCUGUUCAGGACUUCUAAGGUUCACUUGAAUAGUUGCAAUGCUGUCUUAAUUCUUGUCCCUCUGCGAAGCUAAUUUAAGAAUCUGUUUUUCACAUUUUGUACUUAUACAGUUUAACUGUAUUUAUAAAAUAUUUUAACUGUAUAAGGUAUGUGCUUACUAUUUAUUUCAGCUGAUGAAGUGCAAUGCUUUUUAUCCGUUCGAAGAUUAUUGGGGGGGGAGGUGUUUGUUUUGUUUGUUUUUUCCCCAGAAACAGGUAUUACAUAAUCUUUAGAUUCAGAGUGCAUGGGAUCAGAGUUAAAUCUGGGUUUCUUGAACUGCUGAACACAGUUGUAACUUCCUGUCAAUGUACAUUUACUCCUUAUGAACCCUGUGACUGAUAAAUAUUCAAGAUCUUACAUGACUUUGUAAACAUAUUCAAGUGAACCUUAAGCUUUUCUGAAACUAAUUAAACAUUUUCUAUGAAACACUUGAGACAGAACUUAUCUAUACUAUGGUUUCUCCUUUAGUGCUAAGAUUUAUUGUAGAAAAAAGGUGAGUAAUAGUUAGAAAAAGCAUCUAUUGCAUUGCUAAGGAUGGGAUUUGUGAAACUUAAAGGUUGGUUGUAUACAGUAUAUCAUCACUCAUGUUCUGUUUGUUAGACCAAACUUUACUAGACAUUAAUCUGUUAAAUACUUCAAUUGAUACAAAUACGUUUGUUUUAAGUUAAGUAUUCUGUUGCUCAUGAACAGCGAAUCCCAGUUACUUUUAGGUAGAUUUAAUGGAUAUGUUAUCACUUGUAUUCCCUGUAAGGUUGGAAAACACUGUGAGAAGGUCAUUUCACUUACUAGGCUCUUUCUUUUCGUGGCCAAAUUUGAACUAAUUUCAAUUAGCAUCUUACUCCUAGGACAUUUGCAUACUAAAUGUAGAAAUACUACAACAAGAUUAUUAGAUGAGGUCGGUCUUGGUUUCUACUGAGAACAGUCGGAUUUCUGAUCGUAUUUCAGUGAGUCAGAGUCUUAAAUACUGAGCUUAAACUCAUAUCUUUAAGUGUAUUCUUGAGUAGCUACCUCUGUAUAUCUGGGGUACCUGAGGUAGUAGCCAAUGUCCAGAUUAUUACCUACCUAAUGUGGGCAGGUCUGGUAUCAUAAACAGUUCUGGUAACAGCUGUCUUGAAAACUAGACAUAGGUCUUAACUGUGAUUGCAGCAGUACUUUGAGCUAAAAGGCAGUUUACUUCUGUAAUAACUUCUUUGGCAUCAAUCAUCUCGCAGUAAAUAUUGAGUAGCUAAAUUGAACUACUGACUUUAAAUAGUAGUUUUUUUGCUAUCCUGACUGUCCAGUAGGGGAACAGUAGCAUGAUAGUCUGUAACUGUUAGGUUAACUUACCUGAAAACUGUAUUGACUGAAAUGUUUUACCUUGGGGAAAACCAGCGUUUUUUAGGCUCAGACAAUAUUUGUUAGAUCUGUAAACUGUCUGGCUCAUUACCAUUGAACUGUUAAAGAAUUUUUAGGAUCGCACCAGCAACCAAUGAUUAAAACAUCAACUUUAUACAUUUGUACCAAAUACUAUUACAACAUGCUGUGGAACUACACGUGUAUGGUGAAAGCGAACAGUAUUUUUGAGCUUUACUUAGUCUAGGAAUAAAGUUUAAAAAACCUUUUGUGUCUUCAACCUUACACUCAAAGAGUAAAUGGUUUUGUAUUUGAAUCCAACAUUUGUUAAAAUGUCUCUUGUCCUGCUUGUUAAUUUUUAGUGGAAUUUGCUUUGCUUAUCCCACAGUUCCUUUCAGUCUCUUCAUUUCAGACAAUUCUUGUUUGCUGUUUUCAUGUUUCAUAGCCCUUUACAUGAAAAUGUCUCAUUAUUCAAAUGUGCUUUUAACUUGUUUUAAAUGUCUGACACUAGCUUUUCUUUUUUAACCAUCUAGCAUUUGUAGAUGUGACGAAUCAAAUUGAUCAUCUACAACUUAUAAACACCACUAAGUUGAACAUAGCAAUAAAGAGCCCUAAGUUUGAUCUUCUGUGCUUUGAGUGACCAUUAUAAAAGUUUAUUUCAAAGAGGAUACACUUCUAAAUUUAUUUUCAUAAAUGUGGUGUGAGAUGUUUUUAAACUAAUGAUAACAUGUUUAUAAAUCCUAUGAAAGAUGUGAUGCUAUUCUAGAGUACUGUACUUAAGUCUAGUUACAGUGUGUUUUAGGUUUUCCUUUUUUUUGUAUUGUCUUGACUGCUUUUGAAAUGUUUUGAAGUAGUAAUUAAACUUAUUUUGUGAUUUA